CUGCCGCCAGACCUGGCAUCACGCUACGUAGAAACACUGCGUUCAUGAAACAACAACAUACUCUUUCAUUAGGCAUAAAAUAAUAAAAUGUACCUUGUAAGCGCAGCCUUAUUCCUUAUAGCCCAAACGUUCCAUGUGGUUUUAACUGUGAACCUUUGUGACGAAAUAAAGUGUUCUCAUGUUUACGACCCUGUCUGUGGUAUUGUCAAAAAACCAGGUGACACUCGAAUAGUACGGGUGUAUCAAAACAUUUGUCAUUUGAAGAAAAUCCAGUGUAAAAUUGAAGCCAAUUCAGAAGUCCUUCAAGCGGUACCGGAUGAAAUUUGUCACUUAAACAGGGUAUUGACAAUGACUGGACAAACUCGUCGGUUGGAAGACCAUAGCAUAGUUGGGGCUUACCAAGCGUGUAACCACACCUGCCCCACUUUUUGUGUUGAUACAUAUGAGCCCGUUUGUGCUCAGAUUUGGAGAGAAGGCAUGCAAAAGUACUUUUUCAGACCAAUGGUCAACCACUGUCAUGUCGAUUUGGUGUCAUGCACGCUGGCUGUCAAUGUAACUAUACAAGCCUUGGGAAAAUGUUAUAAAAAUCCCACUGGUCUCAUGUUUAUGUCACAGAUGGCUGCUCUUAAGUCUAUGGAUCUAUUGAGCGAUACGCGCGAUGACGAUGAAGAAAACAAUGCAGAUGAAUAUAAUAGACUCAAAAGCAAAACCUCAAAGCUAAAAGCAAAACAUGCAUCUUUAAAAACUCCGUUAACUUCAAAAUUUUCGUAUGGAUGAUUUUCUCAGUACCUAACACCGUGCAUUAUAAGAACAUUUCGCGUACAUAUAUAGGAAGGAAGUCACUAAAUCUACCAACGCAGAAUUGACUCGAGCCAUUCAGAAAAAUAUUAAUUUCCACCUGACGGAGAUCAAAUGCAAAUUAAAUUGAUUCAAUUUAUAUGAGUGACGAUGAGGUCGACAAUUCAGUAUGCACACCAAAAUAAUGCCGGUUGACUCUCGCCGUGAUAACGCCUAAGUUUAUAGCGUUUAUGCGUUAAUGCUUGGAAUAUCCAAGGAUUUGCACGUCGUUUUUGCUCUUAUUACAUUGACACGAAGCUUUUUCUGACCAGCUUAAUAUAUUGCAAAGUGUGAUGACUUCCAUACUUAAAAACAAGCACACAGUAAGUAAGUUUUUUAUAAGCACGAUCUGCCCAAAAUCUAACUUCUCUCAUUUUCACACAAUCUACGUAGAAUAAUUAAAAUAAAUUCCU